AUCCGGUUUGGACUUUAUGUAACUGUACCGAAUAUGACGCUAACAUGCCGGUGUUGAAGUGAAGACGUUUAGUUUAUAAACACGCGUUCUUUUAGAUUGAACUGCAACAUGACCACCUAUGCCUUCCUGUCCAGACUGUCCCCUCUGCUCAGAGGCCGGUUCGGUUGUAAAGUUCGGGCGAUUUCAUGCGCUGUCACCUGCUCUCAACUCCACAAAGUGGAGGGACCCGGCGGUUUGACAGGCAAAGUGGACCGGUUCGGUGGUGUGACAGUGAACCUAGCUGAGGUCGGACUCCCGGUGGACAUAAGCGAAGAUGCAUUCAGCAGAUUGCUGAAAGAAUCUCUGGUCCAGUGGAAAGCUGAAGGGAAGAUGGCGGUUUGGCUACAAGUUCCCAUCUCACUGAGUCGAUGCGCCGCCGCAGCAGCGACUCACAACUUCACUUUCCAUCACGCCAAAAGCGACCACACCAUGCUGGCUCUGUGGCUGGGAGAAGGAGAAAGCAGGCUGCCGGGGUUUGCUACUCAUCAGGUUGGAGUGGCAGGUGCGGUCCUUGAUGAGUCCACUGGAAAAGUUCUGGUUGUCCAAGACAAAAAUAAGACCAAGAAUGCCUGGAAGUUUCCUGGCGGCUUAUCUGAUCCAGGAGAGAAUAUCGGUUCCACCGCUGUCCGUGAAGUGUUUGAAGAGACGGGUGUGCGCUCCGAGUUCAGGUCCCUGCUCAGCAUCCGGCAGCAGCACCAGCACCCGGGCGCCUUCAACAUGUCGGACAUGUACCUCAUCUGCCGGCUGAGCCCGCUCACCUACGACAUCAACUUCUGCCCUCAUGAGUGUCUGCGAUGCGAGUGGCUGAGGGUGAGCGAGCUGGCCGAGACCAGCAGCACCACGCCCAUCACGGCUCGGGUUGCCCGGCUGCUGCUGCACGGCCUGGAGCACGGCUUCGACAAAAUCGACCUCACCAUGGAAGAGCUGCCGGCCGUCUACUCUGGGACGUUCUACCAGCUGUACCACAGACAGCUUCCUGCUAAAUCCUAGAGCUCAGCUGCUGAUUUAUUGCCCAGUGUUAACCGGGACUCUUCAGGUACUGCAGAUUCUGUAGUUUUCAUUUAGUCAGGAUUAGGGCUGCAGCCAACGAUUAUUUUAGUAAUUGAUUAUUCUAUCAACUAAUUGAUAUUUUUUUUUUUUAUUAAACCAUUUAAGUCUUUUAUUAAUACUCUAUUAAAAUCAUUAAUUCAGUUCCUUUUUAAAAUAAAAAAAAUAAACAUUUUAUUGCCUAAAAGUAAUAACAUGGCAUUCCUACAGUGAAUUUAAACUGGGUGAAGUUAAAACACUUGAGGAGUUUGGGGAAGAAAUAUUUUGAGACAAAGUUGUUUUCAUCUUAAAUGCCAAUUUUAUUUAAAUAUUUUACAGUUUUGGCUGAAUUACUACUAUGAGUUUUUUUUUGUUUUUUUUUCAGCAAAUGGGCUUUUUUUGAGUCUGUAUACAAUUAAUCGAUUACUGAAUUAGUUGACGAUUAUUUCAAAAAUUGAUUAAUCGGAUUAAUCAUUUCUUCCUUACUCAGGAUUAGGUUUUGUUAUUGCUGCUGAAACACAUUGUGGUGGUUGAUAUAAAAUUCAUUAUUUAUUAUACAAAGUAUAACAUUUUUAAUUUAAUACUUUCUUUAAAAUUUAAAUCAGUUAAACUGACUCUGAUUUUCCACAAAUUCUGUUACAUAGAUAAGAGACAGCUUUAAAAGCUAAUUUUUAUCUAUUUAAUGUGAAUGUGUAACAGUCUGGAAGUGUUCCUGCAAUUUUAAAUAUGGAUUUUACUUUAACCUCCACGUUUUUCGGCUCUAGUUGCUGAAUGGCUGCUCUCUGUGGACUAAACCUGGAGUAAUGCAUUUAAAUAUGUGGUAGUGUUUGGAUUUAAAGCUGAAUUAAUCACACAUGUUCCAAAGGAAAUAGUUAGAUUGUCACAGCUGUUUUAGGCAAAGCCAAUCCCACACUGUGGUCAUUGGCUUCACAUCGUCCAAAAGACAUUCUCUCUCUCUUUCUGACACCCGGUUAGCACUUUGCUGACAUUGGUAGAAAGAGAAUGGCCUUCUGACCCGGUCCGGUUUUGCUCCCAGAUUUGUACUGGCCAGUCCUCUUCAGCGCCACGUACAUGUUUGGGUACUUCCUGGAGCGGUAGGUGUUGUAGUUGUUGCUCUCAAGUCUCUCAAGGAAGUAGCUCUCGUCUGUUGGUCGUCUCUGAAGAAAAAGAGCAUUGUUAUGUUACUGAAGUUUAAUCUCAACAAAUCCAUUUUGUUUCUGUUGAGGUUCUUUUGCAGGUUUCUUUGUAGUUUACUAUUAAAACUAAACCAGGAAGAAGAAAAGGUAAGCUGAUUCUGACUGUUUCUGCACCGUUUCUUCAUUGAUUGAAUUACAGAUUAAUUGGGGGUGGGGGUGGGGAGGAGCUCCAGGAAAAUGAAAGUUUUGUUUUAAUUGUUAAUUGCUUGUCUGUUCAUCUGAAUGGAAAUGUAACUGAAUAAUUAAACAUGACAAAAAACAAAUUAAAAGAAGCCACACUUGAGUAAAAGUAAAA